AUGAGCUCACAAUUGGUGCAUGUCUCUGCAGUUCCUCAAAUCGCUAAUUCGCCAUUAUCAUCGUCACUCCAUCGUCGUUUUCUUUCUCGGAGAAUUUACAUUCCGGCUAAUGUCUACGAGCAUCCGACGGCUCUUCUCCUCGAGAAAUGCUCUUCUCUGAAAGAUCUCCGUCAAAUUCUGUCUCUUGUCUUGAAGAACGGUCUUUUUCACGAGCAUCUGUUCCAGACCAAGCUUGUCAGUUUGUUUUGUCGCCAUGGUAGUGUCGACGAGGCUGCUCGUGUUUUUGAACCGAUUGAUGAUAAGCUCGAUGUUCUUUAUCACACUAUGCUCAAAGGGUAUGCUAAAGUUUCGGAUUUGGAUAAAGCUGUGAAUUUUUUUGUUCGGAUGAGGUAUGAUGAUGUAGAGCUGGUUGUGUAUAACUUCACUUAUCUCCUGAAAGUUUGUGGAGACGAAGCAGAUCUUAGAAUGGGAAAGGAGAUUCAUGGGUUAUUGGUGAAGGGUGGAUUCUCGUUUGAUUUGUUUGCCAUGACUGGGCUUGAGAAUAUGUAUGCAAAGUGCGGGCAGGUACACGAGGCACGUAAGGUGUUCGAUAGAAUGCCUGAGAGAGAUUUGGUUUCUUGGAAUACAAUGGUUUCUGGGUAUUCACAGAAUGGAUUAGCGAGGAUGGCCUUAGAUAUGGUUACUCUAAUGUGCAAGGAGAAUCUAAAGCCGAGUUUUAUCACUAUUGUUUCUGUUUUGCCUGCUGUCUCUGCGUUGGGGUCGAUGAGUAUUGGCAAGGAGAUUCAUGGGUAUGCUUUGCGAGCUGGAUUUGAUUCUCUUGUCAAUAUCCCUACUGCUUUGGUUGAUAUGUACGCAAAAUGUGGUUAUCUGAAAACUGCUCGACAGAUAUUUGAUGGGAUGUUAGAAAGGAAUGUUGUUUCAUGGAAUUCGAUGAUUGAUGCGUAUGUGCAGAAUGAGAAUCCUAAAGAGGCAAUGGUAAUUUUUCAGAAGAUGUUGGAUGAAGGAGUGAAACCCACUGAUGUAUCUGUCAUGGGUGCUUUGCACGCUUGUGCUGACCUGGGAGACCUUGAGAGAGGAAGGUUCAUCCAUGAGUUAUCAGUUAAGUUGGAUCUUGAUAGAAAUGUUUCGGUACUGAACUCUUUGAUCUCCAUGUAUUGCAAGUGCAAGGAAGUUGAUACUGCAGCUUCUAUAUUUGGGAAAUUGCAUACCAGAACGGUUGUAUCGUGGAACGCAAUGAUAUUAGGAUUUGCACAGAAUGGACGUCCAAUCGAAGCAUUGAAUUAUUUUAGCCAGAUGCAGGCUUGGAACGUGAAACCAGAUACAUUUACUUAUGUGAGUGUGAUAACUGCUCUUGCGGAGUUGUCAAUUACACAUCCGGCGAAGUGGAUACAUGGGGUUGUCAUGCGAAAUUGUCUGGACAAGAACAUUUUUGUCACAACAGCUCUAGUCGACAUGUAUGCAAAAUGUGGAGCUAUUAUGACUGCAAGAAAGAUUUUUGACAUGAUGAGCGAGCAUCACGUGACGACUUGGAAUGCGAUGAUAGAUGGAUACGGGACACAUGGCCUUGGGAAAUCUGCUCUGGAGUUGUUUGAAGAAAUGCAAAAAGGCACCAUCAAACCAAAUGGUGUCACAUUUCUUUCUAUUAUCUCUGCUUGCAGCCACUCUGGUUUGUUGGAGGAAGGACUCAAGUGUUUCGAUAUGAUGAAGGAAUACUACUGCAUAGAACCGUCAAUGGACCACUAUGGAGCAAUGGUCGACCUCCUGGGCCGAGGUGGACAGUUAAAUCAAGCUUGGGACUUUAUUAUUCAGAUGCCCGUUAAGCCGUCUGUCAAUGUAUAUGGAGCCAUGUUAGGUGCUUGUCAGAUUCAUAAAAACGUGGAAUUCGCCGAGAAAGCAGCAGAGAAAUUGUUUGAGUUGAACUCGGAAGAUGGUGGGUAUCAUGUGCUGCUUGCAAACAUAUAUCGUGCAUCUUCAAUGUGGGAAAAAGUGGGGCAAGUGAGAGUCUCAAUGUUGAGACAGGGUCUUCGUAAAACUCCUGGCUGCAGUAUGGUGGAGAUAAAGAAUGAGUUGCAUAGCUUCUUCUCUGGAAGCACAGCUCAUCCCGAUUCCAAGAAAAUUUACGAUUUUCUUGAGAAGCUGAUGGGGAAAAUCAAAGAAGCUGGUUAUGUUCCUGACAUGAAUUUAAUCCUCGGCGUGGAAGAUGAUGUUAAGGAGCAGUUGUUGAGCGGCCACAGCGAGAAGCUGGCUAUUUCCUUUGGACUCCUGAAUACAACAGCAGGUACAACUAUUCACGUAAGAAAGAACCUGCGGGUUUGUGCCGAUUGUCACAACGCUACAAAAUACAUUUCCCUUGUUACCGGACGGGAAAUUAUUGUACGUGACAUGCAACGGUUUCACCAUUUCAACAACGGUGCCUGCUCGUGUGGAGAUUACUGGUGA